AUGCUCUUCACUAUUAUGUUCAAUCUCUAUCUGCUUGUCUCGAACCUUGACAAGGCAGCUGAAUUGCUCAUUAAGGCUGGAUGGGUUAUUGAUUCGCAAGGUCCACGCAAAACCAGGAAUGCGAAGGUGGAGCUCCUACAAAAGCCUCUUGUUGCACCAACCAGCCAGACAAUAAUUGUUCUUCUUCCCGCUGAAGAGUGGAAGUUUCCUCUGAUACCCGACCCGCCUUCUGACGAUACGCCGUUGGUAGCGGUGUCAUUAGACGAGAACCGUCAUAUUCCACCACUACCGGGCUUCCUUGAUGCACUGGUUGAGAGCUGGCUAGACUGGCCCAGUGACGAUGCUAUGUUACUGCUUCACUUGGCCUGCUAA